GUUAUAUGUACACAUUUCGAGAGCGCAGGAUUCUCUGGAAGCGACAAGUAAAAAACUCCUGAAAAUUCGCCUCGCUUUGUACAACACAGAAGUGGAGUUAGAGCAGGAACGCGGAGUUUCUCGCAAAUUAAAAAUGCAGCUGAGAGCAGCCACGGACGCGCUCAACGAAUUGCAACAGCAGCAAACAAAAAAUCAGGUCGAGAGCGUCCAAUUACGAGUCAAAUACGACGCAAUGACGAAACAAUACGACUCCUUGAUGAAUCAGAUGACGACCGCGAAAAUGCGCGAGAUCAAAUGCAAACUUAAAAUUCAGUCCCUAGAAGAAAAUCUGUGUCAGAAGAACGCGAUUGGCAAAAGAUUGGAACAAACAUUGAAGGAGUUUGAACGUGAUACUUUGCGCACCAUCACGACUAUCGAUCACAAAAUUGUGAAACUCAAACAGGAACAUCAACAUCUACAGAAAUCAUGUGAACAAGUUAUUAGUUUAAAUCACCGUUUGCAAGCCGCGGGCAUGUGCACACAUGCGAUACAUGAAAAGAAUAAAGCACAAAUAAAAGAUUUAGAAUAUAUGCUUGCUUCAAUAUCAGUCGGAAAUUAUAACGAGAAGAUCCGUCAAUCAUAACGUUCGUUCCUGAGAGAGAGAGAGAGAGAGAGAGACAGAGAGAGAGAGAG